AAAACACGAGGCAUUACCGCCUUCUCUUAACGGGGUGCACCAUUUCACUUCACUGCGCCACAUCGACUACGGGAAAAAUCACAGAGUUUCAGAAUAGCUGCGUAAACUAAACAGCGAUGUUCAACGCUCAGUUUUGGCAAUAUUUUCUCCUCACAACUAUCUAAAAUUGGCAUAUACUCCAAUGGUUUUACUGGACGUAGGAUGGGAUUAACUUUGUCUGGAAGAUAUAUUUCAUUGUUUCUUGCUGUUCAAAUAGCCUAUCUGCUGCAGGCGGUUCGAGCGGCUGGGAAAUGUGAAACAGUGUUCAAAGGUUUCUCCGACUGCCUGCUUCAACUGGGAGAGAACAUGGCCAACUAUCCACAGGAGCUGGACGAGAAGGAAAACCUUCAGACCAUCUGCACUUACUGGGAUGAUUUCCAUUCAUGUGCGACCACUGCUCUGGCAGACUGUCAAGAGGGAGCCACAGAUCUGUGGGAGAAGCUGAAAAAAGAGUCCAGAAAUCUGGACUUUCGCGGCAGCUUGUUUGAACUGUGUGCGUCUGGGAACGGCGCGAGCCGAUCAUCGGUUCCCUUCGGCCUAACGCUGAUCCUUACCGCACUGUCUGCGCUCCUCACGUGGAUGCAGUUUUAACCUACGAAGAAAAAAGAAGAAAAAAAUCAAAGAAGAGAAAAAAAGAAAGAAAAGAGAGAGUAAAAGACCAGACAAACCAUCAACACAAUAAUAAAACAAAUAAUAAGUAAUGACGAUCAAGAUUCAUCCUCACCCAAAUGGAUUUAUAUACCUAUUCCAUCUGAAAAAACAACAACAAACAAACAAAAAAAAACGUUUUUUUUUGCAAGAGACAAUGGCAAGAAGAGGUCUUCUGGGAAUGCUCAAGCACAUUUGCCUGACUCUGGGUCGAUUUCAUGAAAUAUUUAUCAGAUAUUGAGUUGAAAUGACGGCCUGAAUUUCUGAAAGGUCCUGGUUAGAAGCGUAUUUUAUAACAUUACUGUCUGUUAUGAAUGAAUUAUUACUGUAGGCUGUUCACAUUCUCAACGGCCAUCAUGCAUUAUAGAAAGAUAGGAAAUAUUCUCCCACCCGUUUGUUUUUUAUACGCUCUUUGUGAAUAUUUAGUUUUUCAUUUAUCAAAUUUAUUUUAGUCAAGCCAAGUAUAUCGAUGAUGUGUGAGGGGUUAGAAGGUUUGCUGACCCACCAAUCCAGAGAAAAAAUAUAUAUAAGAAACGACUCUAAUAAUAACGAUAGGCUUUAAAUACUAGCCUAAUCAUUCUGAUAGUAAAAAUUAACCUAUAAUAAAUAAACCUCAGGAAUGAUUUAGUGGCAUACAAGAGAGCAGAGAAUAUAUAUAUAUAUAUAUAAGACUUUAUUAAGGAACAAAGAGGUGUCAAAUGUAGCCAUAAGAGGCUGUGAGAUAGUUCACUGUUCCCAUUUUCUCCCAAAAUGCUAUUCUAUUCCAUUCAAAGAAGAAUUGUCUCUUUUUAUGUAGGACACAUAACAGUA